AUGCGAGUCGCUCUAGUGUUUCUUAGUGUAUUGUUCGUCGGGCUUGCUUUCGGCAGCCCGGCACCACAGGAUAGCGUUGAUACGCACGAAUGGGAUAUUGGGGUGGACGAGAACGGAAACAUGCGCCUGGUGUCCUACCGGAAUCCUUACCAGCUCGAUGAUGAACGACCGUCACGGCGCGAUUUCGAGCCCGAACGUGACGUCCGAUUCCUGCUCUACACUCCGGCGAACGCGGAAACUCCGGAUGUGUUGCGCAACGGUGACAUCGGCUCGAUCCAGGCCUCGCACUUUAACAGCUCUAAUCCUACGCGAAUGGUUAUCCACGGAUGGUUCGGGACGCCAAACUCCGAGAUCAAUCGGUUGGUGCGGUCGGCCCUGUUCUUCGUCGGGAACUUCAACGUAAUCUUCGUCGACUGGAGCGUGGGGGCGCUCGACGAGUUUUACCCAAACUCGCGCCAGCUCGUGUACGCGGUUGGUGCGGCGGCUUCGAACAUGCUGGACUACCUGGAGCGAUAUGCUGGGCUGCGCAAGAACGAUCUGGUCGUUGUUGGCCACAGUCUGGGUGCGCACGUGGCCGGCAAUGUCGGCAAGUGGCAGUCGGGACUUCUGGGCACGAUCAUUGGGCUCGAUCCAGCGCUUCCGUUUUUUGCCGGUAACGCACCGGACCGCAUCAUGGACACCGAUGCCCGCUACGUUGAAAUCAUUCACACUAACGGGGGCGUGCUGGGAUUCCUGGAUCCGAUCGGCCAUGCCGACUUCUACCCGAAUCUGGGCCGCAUUCAGCCUGGCUGCGGGGCCGAUGUCGGUGGCGGAUGUGCUCAUGGACGAGCCGUCCACUUCUACGUCGAAUCGAUCCUGUCGCGCCACGGCUUCGUCGGGCAGCAGUGUCAGUCGUUCCAGAACAUUCGCGACGGGCAGUGCAACCCAACCGGCGUCAGCGCGCGGAUGGGCGGAGAACCACCGAACGCGGCCGGUGCACCGGAAGGUAUUUUCUUUAUGCAGACAGCCAACGCAUUCCCGUUUGCGGAGGGAUGCUAA